UAUACAUUUCAGUUGAAGAUAAUAUGUAACAUGUGAUGCGAUAUUUACUUUAGUUUCUCUGAGCAGUUCAAACUCGUCAGUUUUAUAAAUUAGAAAUAAUUUUUAAUAAAUUUUUACUGUCAAAAAAGAAAUUGAGAUUAUAUUUUUUGAAUAUAAAAAGUUACACUGAUGUCUUCAAUGGGUCAGGAAAUUGAAGUUCAGCCUUUUGGCAUGAUUAAUGGAAAAGAGGUGAAGAAAUUUACAUUAAAAAAUAACAAUAACCAGGAGAUUGACGUGAUGAAUUAUGGAGCGACAAUAUUAAGUAUCAGAACUCCUGAUAAGAAUAAUCAACUUGCAGAUAUUGUUCUUGGUUAUGAUAAUCUGGAUGGUUAUUUGAACAGCGACAAUCCUUAUUUUGGAGCAACCGUAGGCAGAGUUGCAAAUCGAAUUGGUAAUGCAAGUUUUAUACUAGACGGUGUAAAAUAUAAUUUAGCCAAGAAUAGAGGAGAAAACACUCUUCAUGGAGGAUUUCGAGGCUGGAAUUCAAAAAUAUGGGAAGCUGUCGUAAAUAAUGAUUCUGUUGUAAUGACUCUUUUAAGCGAAGAUGGAGACGAAGGAUUUCCUGGUGCUGUUAUUGCUUCCGUAACUUUCAAAUUCAAUAAUGAUGGACAAUUUAAUGUUGAGAUGAAGGCAUUUACAACCAAAGCUACUCCCAUUAAUUUAACAAACCAUAGCUACUUCAAUCUUGCUGGACAUGACACAAAUGCCGAUGAAAUUUAUAAACAUCAAAUUCAAAUGAAUGCAGAUCGAUGGACAGUAACGGACUCAGAUAGUAUUCCAACUGGAGAAUUAAGGCCAGUUGACAAUAGUGUUAUGGAUCUUCGAAAUCCAACAGUUUUGGGUAAAGUUAUCAAUAAAGUCCCAGGAGGUGGUUACGAUUAUAAUUUCUGUUUGCCAGACUCAGAUACAACAAAAACAAAAUUCGUUGCUAAAGUUGUACAUCCAGAGUCUGGCAGAUUUCUAGUUGUAUAUAGCGAUCAGCUUGGAGUGCAAUUUUACACGGCAAAUUUUUUUCCUGAAAAAAAUAAAUCAGCUAUUUUGGGAAAAGGAGAAAAACCAUAUUUUAAACACGGUGCAUUCUGUUUGGAAACACAAAAUUAUCCGGAUGCUAUAAAUCAUAAUAACUUUCCAGAUAGUGUUUUACGACCAAAUAACGUGUACAACCAUAAUGUGAUAUAUAAAAUUGGUGUUCAGAAAUAAUCAAAUAAAUAUUAAAAUUUUUAUUGCAUUUA